CUCAGCUUCGGCUGGCGACUUCACUGACAGCCUUCUGCGCGUGCCUCUGAGCUAGCAGCUGUCCGGUUAACGGCUCAGGUUAUGUUCACCAGUUGUUCACCUGACUGUAAACAGGAAGAGGUCACAGCAUCAGGUGGACGAACGCUGGGAUCACGGUAACGGGACUGUGGCUGUCCGGUGGUUAUUAGCGGGUCAGUCCGUGUGAGGACUCGGUCAGGGUUCAGGUCUCACCAGAUCAGCAGCAGUAUGGCGGACGACCUGGACAUCGAGGCGAUGCUGGAGGCUCCGUACAGGAAGGAGGACACCAAGAGCCAGAGCCCCAAUGGACAGGAGGACCGCAAUAAGAGGAAGAAGCGUAGCCGUGACAGGAAACGAAGCAGAAGUCGAGAAAGGAAGAAGAGCCGCAGUCGGGAGCGUAAGCGCAGCCGCAGCAGAGAGAAACGAAGAAGUCGCAGCAGAGAGCGACGAGGCAGCAGAGAGAGGGGAGGCCGCUACAGAGACCACCAAAAGCACCGUCGGCGAUCAAAGAGUAAGAGUCCCAUCAAGAAGGAGAAGAGUCCCAUCAGACUGCCGAUAGACAACCUGACUCCAGAGGAACGAGAUGCUCGGACCGUGUUCUGCAUGCAGCUGGCAGCCAGGAUACGACCUCGAGACCUGGAGGACUUCUUCUCUGCUGUGGGGAAGGUUCGAGAUGUGAGGAUGAUCUCUGACAGGAACUCCCGCAGGUCGAAGGGCAUCGCCUACAUCGAGUUCAUGGAGGCCAACUCGGUUCCUCUGGCCAUCGGGUUGACAGGGCAAAGGCUGCUGGGAGUUCCCAUUAUUGUACAGGCUUCACAGGCAGAGAAGAACAGAGCAGCAGCAGCAGCCAACAACCUUCAGAAAGGUUCAGCAGGACCUAUGAGGCUCUACGUCGGCUCGCUGCACUUCAACAUCACUGAGGAGAUGCUGAGAGGAAUCUUUGAGCCAUUUGGACGGAUCGAGAGCAUCCAGCUGAUGAUGGACAGUGAGACUGGACGCUCGAAAGGCUACGGCUUCAUCACUUUCUCAGAUGCAGAGUGUGCCAAGAAAGCUCUGGAUCAGCUGAACGGCUUCGAGCUGGCCGGUCGACCGAUGAAGGUUGGUAAUGUGACGGAGCGGACCGACGCCUCCACUGCCUCCUCUUUCCUGGACAGCGACGAGCUGGAACGCACUGGUAUCGACCUUGGAACCACGGGCCGACUGCAGCUGAUGGCCCGACUUGCAGAGGGCACAGGUCUACAGAUCCCUCCUGCAGCUCAGCAGGCUCUGCAGAUGAGUGGAGCGAUUGCUAUUGGAGCCAUGGCUGCUGUUUCAGCUGCCAUGAAUCCAGCUCUCAACAUGAACAUGAACAUGAACAUGAACAUGAACAUGAACAUGAACUCUGCUGCUAUGAGUCUCCCUUCUCAGCCGCUCGCAACGCACUGCUUCCAGCUGUCUAACAUGUUCAACCCCCAAAGUGAGGAAGCUCCAGGGUGGGAGUCCGACAUCCAGCAUGAUGUCAUUGAAGAGUGUAACAAACAUGGAGGAGUUGUCCACAUCUACGUUGACAAGAACUCCCCGGAGGGAAACGUUUAUUUGAAGUGUCCUACCAUCCCCGCUGCCAUGGCCGCUGUCAACUCUCUACACGGAAGAUACUUUGCUGGUAAGAUGAUCACUGCAUCUUAUGUCCCUCUGCCUACCUACCACAACCUGUUCCCAGAGUCUGCCACCACCAAUAUGCUGCUGGCCCCACCCCCUCGACGGUGACUCACCAACAACACUGCUCUCUGAUUGGACACUGGACCUUUUUUUAAAUCCUCCCUUCCGAUUGGCUGACAAAGCCGAGCCAGUUUCACUUUGUCAUCGAGUUGAAGAUUGUUGAUGAAGGACGCCGUUUGUUUUCAUCCUGUUUACUUCCUGUUGUGAAUUCUACUUAGCAUUUCUGGGCGUGGCCUGUUUUAGUAAUGUAGAAUGUUUGAGCUCCGUGAGCUGUGAUGAGGCCAGCUGAUGACGGUGGUUUCAGCUGAUUGGUUGGUAUUGAAAUGUUUUCUAAUCAAGAGUAUGAUUUUGUUAAUUCCUUGAUUAAAUUUUAUUUUGAAGUGA